CUGGGCGCCUGUCAUGUCAUGUUAUCCUUUGAGAUGCCGACUUCCAUGACCCGUGCCGCCAUGAUUUCCAUCUCUCUUCUUCCUCACCUUUCCUCACAUAAUGGCUCUGCUGGCUAACAGAUUCCCGACUGCACUCCGCAUUGCAAGCAGUCGCUACCCCGCACCGAGAGCUGUACCUACUCCAAGAGCAGGGAUAGCAUGCAAACAUGUUAGAUGCUUCUCUAGUUCGCCACAAUGGCACAUCAGAACGAAGGAGAUGAAUGAUGAUUCCAUGAGAGAUCUGAAAGUCAACCAGGAGAGACUGAUGAAGGAUAUACACGACACGUGCCAAUGGGGAAUAGGCGAGCCAUGGGGCGAAAAGCCAACGGAAACAGGCAUGAAACGACUGGCGCUCUCUGAUGCCGACAAAACCGCACGUGACUGGUUUGCAGAGACAACAAAGGCGCUUGGCUGUGAAGUCACCGUUGACGCCAUGGGAAACCAGUUCGCUGUGCGACCCGGUCUUCGGAACGACAAACCACCUACCUUCGCGGGGAGCCACUUGGACACGCAGCCUACUGGCGGGCGGUACGACGGAAUCUUGGGUGUUACUGCUGGCGUGGAGAUGCUCAGAGUGCUCGCUGACAAUUGGACGGAGACCGAGUACCCUGUCGGUGUGGUCAACUGGACCAACGAGGAGGGCGCCCGGUUUCCCAUGUCGAUGGUGUCUAGCGGGGUUUGGGCGGGUUCUAUCCCUCUUGAAACGGCGCAUAACCUUCGCGAAGUUCAUCCUGGAACCGCAACCAUGAAGUCUGAGCUUGAGCGUAUUGGCUACCUGGGGAGUACACCAGCGAGUUAUGAGGCCAUGCCAAUGGCGGCGCACUUCGAACUUCAUAUCGAACAGGGCCCGUUGCUAGAGAUGGCAAACAAGAAGAUUGGAGUUGUCACUGGAGUGCAAGCCUACAAAUGGAUGACUAUCAAAGUCAAAGGGCGGGACACGCAUACCGGAACUACCGAUCUCAAGUCGCGAGCUGACGCGCUGUUGACAGCGAGCAAAAUGAUCCUUCAUUCCCAUCGUCUUGCAACCGCCAACUCCGCACUAGCAUCUACAGGUAUCCUUAACCUAAAGCCUGGCUCGACAAACACAGUACCAGGCGAGGUAACUUUCAGUCUCGACAUUAGGGCACCAAAAGAUGAGACAGUCGCAAAGAUGAAGGAACUAGUUCUCCGCGACUUCCCCAAGAUCGCCGCAGGCGAAGAUGUUGAAGGUUCAAACCACGGUUGCACGAGCGGCCUCCCACUAAGUGUUGAGAUUGUCGAGGACUUCGAUAGCCCAGCAACCAAGUUCCACGCAGACUGCAUCACGUCUGUCAGCCAGUCUGCGCGCAGCAUUCUCGGUCCCAAUCAGUCUAUGGAGAUGACCUCUGGGGCUGGGCAUGAUAGCGUCUAUGCGAGUAAGCGUUGCCCAACGAGCAUGAUCUUCGUGCCGUGCAGGGAAGGAGUGAGCCACAACCCAAGGGAAUUUUGCAAGGAAGAGGACUGCGCACUAGGCGCUCAGGUUUUGCUACAGAGUGUGAUGAGAUUUGAUAGGAUGAGGGAUGAGAGAAGGGUUUCAUGGAAGCAGGAGCCAUACACUCUAUAGGUAGAGCAUACUGACUGACGACUUAGCAUGUCAUGGCGCUCCCGUGUAGUCUUCGGUAUUCCACAGGAUCAUUUAUCGUAGCAUUGGUAAUCAAACAGUAUCUUUCCGAUGACUCUCACGUUCGGCGAAAGGAUUUGAGAGCUAACAUCGGGCGGCUUCGAGGA